AUUCAUAGCUUUGAAAUUUCCGACCCGCACCAGAUCCCCAAGGGGCUUAGACCAUGGACUACUCGGUCCAGACUCUCCCGCCAGCCUCGGACCUCUCCUCCUCGGUGCUCUCUUUCCUCGACGAUAAGUUUGGCACCAAGGAGAAUCUCAACGAUGCUCCGCGUCUCGUCUCGGAGCUCCACACUCAGUGCUCCGAUUUGGAUCGGACUUUAACCGACAUCAACCGGAGGCUAGGAGCGAGUCUUGUUGCAUACGCUGCGUUUUCCGACCGAUUCGACCGUUGUUUCAACGACAUCAAUGCCAAAUUGAUCGCUCUCGGGUCCUCCACUCGCUCCCAUGGCUCGAUAUCAGAUGGAAGAGCUGGAAAGGGAAACGAGAGGGCGGAGCAGAUUUUGGGGGAAGAGCUGCCGGCAUUGGCCAAGGAGGUGGCAAGGGUGGAGACUGUUCGAAUGUAUGCAGAGACAGCGUUAAAGCUUGACAAUUUGGUUGGCGAUAUUGAAGAUGCUGUCUCUUCUACUAUGAACAAAAACCUCAGAAAGCAUUCUAUGACCCAAAACUCAGAGGAAACACGUCUGCUCGCUAUUAAAACUCUGAAACUGACAGAAGAUGUCUUAACUUUUGUUACAAAGACACGCCCUAAAUGGGCACGUCUUGUUUCAUCAGUUGAUCACAGGGUAGAUCGAGCCCUAGCCGUUUUACGACCCCAAGCAAUUGCAGACCAUCGGGCCCUUCUUGCUUCCCUUGGAUGGCCACCACCUCUUUCCACUUCGAUCUCGUCCAAGCUAGAUACAAGGAAAUCAACAGAAGUCCCAAAUCCUCUUUUUACAAUGCAAGGGGAUUUGAAACACAAGUACUGUGAAAACUUUCUUUCCUUGUGCAGCCUACAGGAGUUGCAGAGACGAAGAAAAUCUAGGCAGCUAGAGGGUUAUUACAAGGAAGUGGCUCUGCACCAGCCACUCUGGGCUAUUGAAGAGCUUGUAAAUCCUAUUUCAUUGGCAUCCCAACGCCAUUUCUCAAAAUGGAUCGAUAAACUAGAAUUCAUUUUUGCCCUUGUGUAUAAGAUCACCAGGGACUAUGUUGACUCUAUGGAUGAGUUAUUGCAACCGCUGGUUGAUGAAGCAAUGCUAUCUGGGUAUAGUUGCAGAGAAGAAUGGGUAUCGGCAAUGGUUAUCUCCUUAUCAACAUACUUGGCUAAAGAAAUAUUUCCCGUAUAUCUUGGUCAACUGGAUGAAGAGACCGUCACUAAUGGUCGUUCUCAGGCAAGGACAUCAUUGCUGCAUCUUGUUGAUUUGAUGAUAUCUUUUGAUAAACGAGUCAGGUCGCUGGUAGAGCAUUCUGGAAUAUUGCUUUCCUAUGAGGAAGAUGGGAACCUGCAGAAGAUUUCUUGUCUGUCUGUAUUUUGCGAUCGACCUGACUGGCUUGAUUUAUGGGCAGAAAUAGAGCUUAGUGAUGCGCUAGAUAAGAUAAAACCUGAGAUGGAUGAUGAGAAAAUUUGGAGAAUGAAAGUUCAGGGGGCAGUUCUUGUAUCUGGUCCUGAAGAUUUCAAGUCUCCUGCAGUUUCCAGUGCAUUUCUUAAGCACCUAUCAUCUGUGGUUGAGCGAUGCCGAUCAUUGCCUAGCACUUCUUUGAGAUCAAGGUUUCUCAAAUUAGCAGGCACACCUAUGAUACAAAAUUUUUUGGAUUGCGUCCUUCUCAGAUGCCAAGAAGCUGAAGGACUGACUGCCUUAACAGAUGAUGGUGCCAUGAUUAAAGUUGCAAAGUCCAUUAAUGCUGCUCACUACUUUGAAUCCAUUUUAAAGGAAUGGAGUGAGGAUGUAUUUUUUCUGGAGAUGGGAUCAGAUAAGGGUGAUCAACCAGGGAUAUCAGUAUCUGAGAAUAAUGAAGGUGAAGGUCCUGCAAGUGGUAUUUUUGACGAGGAGAUUGGAAAGUUGGAGAGGUUUGUAGCUGAGUGGGUUGAGAAGCUUUCUGUUGUCAUUUUGAGGGGAUUUGAUGCUCGUUGCAGAGAUUAUAUAAAGAACAGGAGGCAGUGGCAGGAGAAGGGUGAAGAGGCUUGGACGGUAUCCAAGUCUAUAAUUGGGGCUCUAGAUUAUUUGCAAGGAAAAGUUUCAGUACUAGAAAAAGAUUUGAAUGGUGUAGAUUUCGUUGGGGUCUGGAGAAGUUUGGCUGCUGGGGUGGAUCGAUUGGUUUUUAGUGGUAUUCUUAUGAGCAACGUGAAGUUUUAUGAUGGUGGUGUUGAGAGAUUUGAUAGCGACUUGCAGGUUUUAUUCGGGGUGUUUGGAGCUUGGUGUUUAAGACCAGAAGGCUUCUUCCCAAAAGUAACUGAGGGCUUAAAGUUGUUGAAGAUGGGCAAGAAGCAGCUCCAAGAGAGUCUGGUCGGAGGAGAGAAAUGGAUAAAGGAUAAUGGGAUUAGGCAUUUGAGUGUAACCGAGACACAAAAGAUACUGAGGAGUAGAGUAUUCCAAAAUUGAAAGCUUUAGAGGUAAAGUCCCUUCUUUUUGUGUUCUCUCAAGAAGACAGAAAACUUGGAAGAACAAUGCCAAGCUUAUCUCAGGUUUCGAGAAGCGUUGGGGAGGAUUUUUCGAUGUACAUUGCUCUGGACUGACUAAUUUCAUUUUUAUGAAACAAUAAUUUCAAGUUUCACUAGGAAGACUUGUUACAACUCAUGGCUAAAGCAUCUCGUGUUCUCGAAUUGCAGGCAAGCAUCCUCUGCAUGAUACACCUUUGUUAGAGUUGUUAAUGAAAUGGUAAAUGUAGUUAUAAUUCUCAUUCGUUAUAGGAGUUGAAAUGGACAACGAAUUACCUUUUUUGCAGUUUCAUCAUUCAGCAAGGGACAUGUUUGGAUGUCUGUGUGAAGCGUUUGUUCUCCCAGUAACAGGAAUUUAAUGAAUCAUUCAGGGGACUAGCCAAAGAAUGAUGUAUCAUACCCAAAAUUCAAGGGAUAUUGGA